UGUAAGAUUGAAUGAAUUAGGGCUGCAUUUAUUGCACCUUUUCUCCAUUAAUUUAAUUCCUAUGGAAAAUUACAAAAGAUUACUUAAUUUUCAACACCAAUGUCAUGUUGUUGAUUUUAAUUAGACAGUUGAUAAUGCUUAAUUUUCAACACCAAUGUCAUGUUGUUGAUCUUAAUUUGAUGGUUGAUAAAAUCAAGGUCAAUUUUUAUUGUUUCUAUAACAAUUAAUGAAAAAAAGUGCAAGAAAUACCCCUUGGGGCACAGGUUAGAAAGCUCCCUUUAGCCAUUAUAAGUUGUACGUCAUGGUAGUUCUUAGAUCAAACAGUCAUAGGAAAUAGGGCUUGCCAAAAAUUAACUUCUAAGCACAGUUAGGAUUUCGUUUACAAUUGAUUUUCACAUGGAUUGAUUUCAGACUUUCAGUCACUAAUCCUUUGAGAAUCUUUUAAUGCUUCGCAAAAGACUCAUGUUUUCUUGAAAUGCAAUUUCACUUGGAGAUGACUGGAGCAGCCUUUUCAAAGUUUAAGUGGCAAUUCUGGACUGCAAAAUUGCAUCUUAUUUGUGUUCAUAUCAGGUUUGUGGUUUCAUUCUUGAGUGGCAUACACUUAAAUCAUUGAUACAAUCAGUUCUUCUGCUAGCAAUUUAGCUUAUAAGAGUAUAUUCAUGAUUGACCUUUCCUGCUGUGAAUGUAAAUAUGAUCCUGUUUACUAAGAUAUUAUAUAUUGUGGAACAAACUGGGAGACCACAAUGGAGUUUUUCUCUCUUAUCUUGUUAUUAUCGGACUUAGGGAAAAGCAUAAAUUAGGUUGUAAAACAAAAUUUAGAUUUUACAUAUACCAGAUGAGGGUGUAUGGAAUGUAUUGUGAAUUGCGCUCAGGUGCAUGAGAUGAAUGUUUGAAGCCAUUUUACCUAAGAAGUUACAGCAGAGCUACAGAAAGAAACAAAAAUGCAAGGAAAAAGGGUAGCUAAAUAUAAUCUGAAUCUUCAAUCAAGAAUACAAUCUGAAUCACAGCGCAUAAUAUAUAACAAGUUUUAUGAAACUGAAGUUGGUUGAUUGGUUAGUACUUUAGGUUGAUGGUUCUACUGAAAGGAAGAUCUGUUUCAAUAAGAUUGAUACUUUGGAUCAAAUUUGUGAACUCGGUCUUAGCUGGUUUUGCUAUCAAUCUCCUAUGGGAAAUUGUGAUUUUUAUUUUUUUGAUGGAAAGGAAAUUGUAAUGUUAAAUGCAUGCUUCUGUUUUACAAAAAAGAGUUUUUAAGCAUUAUACUUGUUGCUACAAACUUUGUUUGUAAUGGCAUUUGGCCAUGCCACGCUAAUGCUUUUGACUUCUGUUUUCCUUUUAUAUGUGCCAUGCUAAGGGUUCAAGUGUCUGCCUGUCUUGUUAGCGCAACGGCGACCAAUUCUCCGGGUGGAAAAAAUGUGGGAACCCCAUUUCUAUGGCAUUUGUAAAGGGAAAGGUGUUUUUUGUAUUUUUUUGGCCAAUCAAUUCUGGAUUGUUAAUUGGGUCAAUGUAUGAAAUUUGUAGCCAUUUUAUUGGACCCUGAUAAGAUCCUUCUAUAUUUCAUAAAUGAAUUUUCUAUUU